AGAGUAUAGAAGUGUAAGAAAUGGCACCCACCUUGGGUAUGCCAAUAUUUUAUGUUACAUAUGUAUGUGUUUUUGGCCUUAUACAUAUUUAUGUGUUAUCCACUGUGUAUUGAUUACAGAGUCGGUGUUCCAGGUAGCUUGCAUUUCAAGUCACACCCAGACCCAAAUGAUACAUAUCAAAUGGUUUACUGUGAGUGGUAGUUGGGCUGUAUUUUUGCUACUGGAGCAAAAACUUGUUUAUGAAUGCAAGAAAACUGGCUCAACAGGAUGUGGCCAAGUUUUCUCCGGAUUUGAUCAACUGGGAGCUGUGGGGGCAGUUACUGAAAGCCUGUGCUCAGUUGGACACCGGACAGUAGAAGGGGGCAGCCUGUGAGCACCAUGGGGCAUGGCCUUUUACAUGUGAGGGCAAUAGAAACUGGACAGACUGAAAUGAAGAUGGAAGACUGAGCCAACAGAUGACCAAGGGAGGAGCAAUAACAACCUGUUGUGUAGAAGAGCAGGUGCAAUGAGAACAUCACCAAGGGUUACCUAUUUGUAGAGAUGCUGAAGGCGGAGCUUAGUGAUUAUCCUGAGAAACACAAUACAUAAGCCCUUUAUAUUCAACAUGUUCUUGUGUUUGGCCGUUUAAUGAUCAUUCAGAAAACACAUUUUCACAGACAUCAGAUCAUUCAAAUAAAUGCAACGCUUGAAGAAUGAAUCAGAAACAAAAUCAAGAUGAGGAAGAUUCUCAAUUUGAAGCAAAAUCAGGAUGCACCUGGGAGGUCAGAGCAAAUAACCGGAUAUUUAAUUCAUCAGUUGAAAAGAAGACCUGGCUCUUUUGUAAAAAAAAGAAAUAUGCAGAUAACAGCAUUACAACAAGCAAAUAUAACAUCCUGACAUUUAUACCACUGAAUCUGUUUGAGCAGUUCCACCGAAUGGCUAAUUUGUAUUUCCUGUUUAUAAUAAUCUUACAGACCAUUCCUGCCAUUUCUACAUUGCCCUGGUUUGCUAUUAUGAUGCCUCUUCUGGUACUCCUGGUUAUUAGAGGAAUUAGAGACUUAAUUGAUGAUAUUGCACGGAAUAACAAUGACAAGGCUAUAAACAACAGGCCAUGUGAAAUUCUCAAAGGACAGAGCUUCUGCAUGGAGAAGUGGAAAGACAUUCAGACUGGUGAUAUUGUGCGACUAAAAAAGAAUGACUUUGUUCCAGCAGAUCUUUUUUUGCUGAAAAGUUCAGAACCAAACAGUCUGUGUUUUGUGGAGACUGCAGAUAUAGAUGGGGAGACAAAUUUAAAGUUUAAACAAGCCUUGAUGGUUACACACCAAGGGUUAUCCGCAGAAGAAUCUUUGUCAAAUUUUGUUGGUAAAGUAACGUGUGAAGAACCCAACAGUAAUAUGCACACCUUCAUAGGGACACUUGAAUGGAAUGGAGAAACGUAUUCUUUGGAUAAUGACUGCAUUCUUUUAAGAGGCUGUAAGAUUAGAAACACUGAGGCUUGCUAUGGGUUGGUGAUAUAUGCAGGAUUUGAUUCCAAAAUAAUGAAAAACGGGGGAAAAGUUAGAGUGAAAAAAACCAAACUUGAGAAAAUGAUGAACAGUCUUGUGAUCAUUAUAUUUGGCAUGCUUAUUGUUUGUGCAGCAAUCCUGGCCAUCAUUGCUGGAUACUGGUCUACAUGGUUCAAAGAAAAACACAGUUACAUCCCUCCUUUGGCGGAAAAAGAUACUCCAGCAUACAGUGCUUUCCUUGUCUUCUGGGGCUAUGUUAUACUUCUGAGCACUAUCGUACCAAUGUCUAUGUAUAUCAAUUUAGAGCUUAUUCAUCUUCUCCACAAUAAGUUCAUUAAUUGGGAUGAAGGCAUGUAUAGUGCUGAAAAAAACACAGCAGCCAAUGCCAGGUCAAGCAGUCUGAAUUAUGUACUUGGCCAAGUGGAAUAUGUUUUCUCUGAUAAGACUGGAACUUUGACACAGAAUAUUAUGACCUUCAAAAAAUGUUGUAUAAAUGGAAGAACCUAUGGAACAGGCUCUAAAGAUGAAGAGAAUAUCAAGGUGGUGAAUUUCAGUUGGAAUAAAUAUGCUGAUAAAAACUUCCAGUUUUAUGACCAAUCUCUAAUUGAUAUGGUUUGUGAAAACAAGGAUGGUACAUACAGGGAAUUCUUCCGUGUUCUAGCUCUUUGUCACACAGUAAUGGCGGAGAGGGAUGGAGAAGAAAUUGUUUACAAAGCGGCAAGUCCCGAUGAAGAAGCUUUAGUGACGGCAGCCCGAAACGUUGGGUAUGUCUUUUUAUCCCGGACACAGGAGACUAUGACAGUAAAUGAGCUUGGGGUAGAAAGAACCUACAGAGUAUUGGCACUCCUUGAUUUCAGCAGUGUCCGCAAGAGGAUGUCUAUUUUAGUUGAAGACCCUGAUGGGAGGAUUAAGCUUUAUACAAAGGGUGCAGAUGAUGUGAUUAUGAGACGCCUUAAUUCUGAAUGUUCCAGUUAUGAAAUCACUGAGAAAGCGCUAGCAAUGUUCGCCCAUGACACUCUCAGAACUUUAUGCGUGGCCUACAAAGAUGUAGAUAUUUCUAUGUACAAAUCAUGGAGUAAACGGUAUCAUCAGGCGAGGGUGACCUUACAGAAUCGUGCAGUGCAGCUAGAGAGAGUUUAUGAAGAAAUGGAGACUGAUUUACAGUUACUUGGCGCUACUGCAAUUGAAGACAAAUUACAAGACAAGGUCCCAGAAACAAUACAGCUGCUGAAAGAUGGGAAUAUGAAAGUAUGGGUACUGACUGGAGACAAACAAGAAACUGCAAUCAACAUUGGUUUCUCCUGCCGACUGCUAUCUGACGAUAUGGAAAUUUUAAUUGAAGAACAGAUAAGUGAUAUUCUAGAUGAAUACUGGGAGCAUAACAACAAUCUCUCUGGAAGUGGACAAGAUCUUGUAAAUUGCGAUAGCUUCAAGAAGCACAGAACCAGCCUGCAAGGAAGAAAGAUGGCACUUGUGGUUAGUGGAGACUUUCUGGGUAGAAUUUUAGGUACAACAAUCCAAAAGCAAAACAAGCACUCAAUUUUCCAGAAAUGUUGCAACUGGAAGAGAUAUCGGAACAAAGAAGAGGACAACCUUAAGGAAUGGGCCUUUGUAGACUUAGCAUCUCAGUGCCAGACAGUUAUCUGUUGCAGAGUGACUCCAAAGCAGAAAUCUAUGGUAGUUAAGCUUGUGAAAAAACACAAAAAUGCUACAACUUUGGCCAUUGGAGAUGGGGCAAAUGAUGUCAACAUGAUUAAAACUGCAGAUAUUGGAGUUGGUAUAAGUGGACUGGAAGGAACCCAGGCUGUGCAAUCAAGUGAUUUCUCUAUAGCACAAUUUUUUUUCCUGCAACGUCUCCUCUUUAUCCAUGGAAGGUGGUCUUAUUUGCGCAUCACCAAGUACUUCAAAUAUUUCUUCUACAAGACUUUUGCAAAUGUUCUUGGCCACGUCUGGUUUGGUUGCUUCAACGGAUUCAGUGCCCUUACCCUGUAUGAUAGCUGGUACAUAUCACUCUACUCUGUUACCUUCACUUGCUUUCCAGUUCUGUCACUGGCUGUGCUUGAACAGGAUGUUACUGCUGAAGUCAGCCUACAGUCUCCUGCAUUAUACCGAGUAGGACAAUCUGGCUCUUUGUUCACUUACAAAACAUUUCUAAUCACAUUCAUAAAAGGAAUAACUACUUCCUUGUCCACAUUCUUCAUAUCAUUUGGGGCAUUCCGAGACACUGCUGGUCCCGACGGGAUAUGUGACUACCAAGCAUUUGCUGUUACAACCGCCACCACCGUGAUACUGUCUGUCACUAUAGAGAUCAUUUUUGAGAUCUCCUAUUGGACCCGUCUCUCUGUCAUUGCUGUUGUCAUCAGCCCACUGCUAUAUUUCCUCUCCUCAUUUACCAGCCAAUCAUUUCCAUUGUUUACCUUCCAGCCAACAAUGUUCCAGUUUCCAGGUGCCAGCAGAAACACAUUAAGCCAUGGAUACAUAUGGUUGACUAUAAUACUAGGAGUGGUGAUAAGCAUCCUGCCCUCUCUUGUCGUCAUUUUUUUAAACAAAGUUAUGAGCCACAAUCGUAUCUACAAUAAUAUGUGUUCUAAAGCUGAUACGAACAGUGCAUCAAAUACAAUUGCACUGGGUAUGACUUUCAAGAAAGGAGCUCUGCAUCGUAGAUCUAGCUAUGCGUUUUCACAUAAAGAAGGUUAUGCUGACCUUAUUAGCAAUGGCACAAGCUUACACAAAGCUAAACCAAAGGACUCCUGACCAGUCCUGGACUGGGAUUCAGCCCUCUACCAGCAUACUAUAUAAUGACUGUCUAUGGCAUCUUACAGUGAGUGGCAUCUAUCAGUACAUCAAGAAAAUUUUAGAAGUCCUGUAUGAACACAAUGAAGAUAUUAAUGCACAAUACAGGAAUAGCAUCUGUUAUCUGAAAACCCGUUUCCAGAAAGCUAUGAAUUAUGGGAAGGCCAUCUCUUAUAGACUCCAUUUUAAUCAAAGAAUUAAAUUUUUUAAAAAUAAAUGCCUUUUUCUCGCUGUAAUAAUAAAAUAGAACCUUGUACUUGAUUUUAACUAAGAUAUAAUUAAUCCGUAUUAGAGGCAAAACUAUCCUGUUGGGUUUUUAUUGUAUGAAUUUUAGUAGACUUAAGGUAUUGAGAUCCAAUUUAUGGGAAAACCCCUUAUUUGGAAAACCCCAGGUCCUGAGCAUUCUGGAUAAAGGGUGCAAUACCUGUAUUCCAACCAUGUUUUUAUUUUUAGGUUUUAACCUUUUUUUUUUAUAACUUGAUGAGCUAACAAUGACUUUGCAUACAGUUUUAUAUGUGCCGUAUAUCAAAAUUACCUGGCUGCCUACAGUAAAGACACCCGCUGGAGGAAAAGCCUAUCCAUCUUCACACAUGUACAGAUUUGCAAGAGAAGUCAUCUGUUAUAUCAAGAAUGUUCUUUAUCAGGGCAAGUGGAUUUCACUCAUCACAAAUAUCAGGGGAAUUAUUCCAAUUGUAGAUAUAGUAAGGUUAGUAUUUAAUGUAUGUAUGAAUCACCUUUCAGUUUUACAACUAGGCUUAUUAGAGAAACUUAUAUGGUCUACCUAAUAUGCUUACUUGACCUUAUUAGAAAUGAUUUAAAAUAUAGUAAUCCAUUUAUAUAAUUUGUAAUUAAUA